GAUAAACCGUGGUUUUAACAUGGAUUCAGAGGAGGUCAUGGUGGAAAUGGAAGAAACUGGAAAGUCCUCAGAUUCUCAACCAGGCCAAGCAGUCCCUCUUUCUGUGGUCUCAGGGUUGCGAAUAAUCCUGAUCGGAGAGCGAGAGGCAGGGAAGAGUGCUGUGGGCAACGCCAUACUGGGCAGUGAGGUGUUUGACACGGUGGGGGUGAAAACAAGGGAGGCGGUAAAGCGGCAAAGAGAGGUGGCCGAGAGGCAGGUGACGGUGGUGGACACGCCUGGUUGGGAGUGGUUCCCCUCCAGGGGCUCCUCUCUGGGGGUCCGGAGGGAGAUCGUCCGGGGCGUGUCGCUGUGCCAGCCUGGCCCCCACGCAGUGCUCCUGGUGGUGCCCCUCUCCUUCUCCUUUACCAGACGGGAGCGGCAGGCGGCCGAGGAGCAUGUGGAGCUGUUGGGGGAGCGGGCUUGGGGGCAUACUGUGGUGCUGUUCACGGUGAAGGGUGGGCGGCUGAAGGAUGCCACCUUAGAGGAGGAGGUGGAGGAAAGCGAGGAGCUCCAGUGCCUGGUGGAGCGAUGUGGGGGCCGCUAUCAUGCCCUGUAUGGCAGGUCCAGGAAGGGCCACGAUGCCGUGGCGGUGCUACUGGAGAAGCUGGACAACAUGGUGGCCAAGAACAGAGGGGAGUUGCUCUCCAGCGAGGAGGUACUGGAGGAGGCCAAGGAGAAGGAGAAGGAGGAGGAGAGGAGGCACCAGGAGGAGGACAGGGAGAGAGAGGAGGAUCUGAGGAGGGUCAAGGAGGCUUUGAGAGAGCUGGAGAUGGAGGAGGAGACAGAGGAGGUGCAAGGGGACGGAGGGGAGGCCACAGAGGAGUCCACAAGACAGCAGAGAGGGAGGAGGAGAUACACAGAUGAGAAAUCAGACACAGGUGUGGGUAGCAGCUCAGCAGAUCCUACAUCAGCCCCACCACACCUCACCUGGUCUGACCUCAGGGCCAUUAGAGAUCAGAGAUGUAAGACACAAUAAAAG